AUGAAGCUGUCCCGCUACUUCCACGUUCCAAUCCUUCUGGUGGCUCUGGAGCUGCUUUCGGGGCAGAAACAAGUCCAUGCAGCUCCGCCGCGAAGCAUCGUGCCCAGCAGCAUCCUUCGAGGCGAUGAGGCCGUUCGAUACCUCUGGGACGAGGUGCAGACAAAGACGCUGUUCAGGUGGCUGCCAGCCGAGUACCAUCAUGUUGAACCUGCUUGGUGGGACUUUCUUCACACCGAGGCGGUUCCCAUCAUCGACACUUACUACUACUCGACGUUCAAGGAUGCCAACUUCUUAGAGCUGACCAAGCCGGAGCGCGACGCAGCCUUCUACACCGACAGACACUGGAUGGGCCACCGCAAGAUUGUCGCCGAAAGGCUGGUCAAGGCGUUCGCCGAGAAACAACUGGCAGAGCGCAUCGCCGCACGUGCUCCACCGAUCGAAGUUCAGUCGUCACUGCGGAGCCCUGUGAAGCAGCAGGGGAAAAGUUUGUCGAGCGGCUCGGAGCUUCCUGCUCAGCGGCACGAGUGGGGCCAGUGGUUGGGUCUUGGCUCGUAA